GCGGCCCUUUUGUUCUUUUUCAUUUCAUAUCCAGCGCUUUCGCCUUCUCGGAUUUCGGCUUCUUCAUCGCUUUCAGUCUCUCCGGCAAAGCUCGAUACACCUCUUAGUUGACAUUGACGAGUAAGGACGACUUGCUGCAGCGAUGGCGAAGCACCACCCUGAUUUGAUCAUGUGCCGGAAGCAGCCUGGUAUUGCAAUUGGACGAUUAUGUGAGAAAUGUGAUGGCAAAUGUGUAAUCUGUGACUCCUAUGUUCGUCCUUGUACUCUGGUUCGGGUUUGCGAUGAAUGCAACUAUGGUUCGUUUCAAGGUAGGUGUGUUAUCUGUGGAGGAGUGGGAAUAUCUGAUGCAUACUAUUGUAAGGAGUGUACACAGCAAGAGAAGGAUCGAGAUGGUUGUCCUAAAAUUGUUAAUCUUGGGAGCGCAAAAACCGACUUGUUCUACGAACGUAAGAAAUACGGCUUUAAGAAACGAUGAUGAAAUUUGCUUGAUUAUGUAGCCAGGAAUGACCAAAAUGAUAGGAUUUUUAGAAAUGUUGGAACUAUAACAAGGCUUCAGGUCUUUAGAUUUGCAUGUUAGAUAUGUUUCCUUCAAUAACUAUAUCUAUGGCUGAAAUAGCU